CCCGUGCGCUGUUCCCCUACAGUGAGGGGAGUAAAAUGGCGGAUUGGGAUGGGAUGGGCCUCGUAUUGUGUUCUCUAUAGGAAAAUGUUUCAGAUUUGAAUGUUGUGUUUAAGUUCCUACUGAAUUCGAUGUAAACGCGUUAAAAGACGCCGCGGCUGUGAGGAAGCGCGUGCUGACGGAGCUCUGACCCGGGAAGACUUGGGGAAACACCGCUGCUCAGAUGGAGUAUAAAAGGAAGUGGAGGAGUUUACAUCUGAUAAGCACACAACAGGUCUGAGACGUUACCACGGAAACGGACAGACCAUAUGACCAGCCUGGUCGUUGGCUGCAGUUUCUCCAACACUACGUUUCUUAUGUCUCAGUCGUGCUCUGAACACCGGCUCACUGAUCGUCUUUUUGAUGUGAAGCCUACAUCGUCACUGAGUGUGAACAACGACGGGCAGACUAUAAAUUUGACAGAGAGCUCCUCCUGACCACCCACCUCGGGGUAGAGAAUUAUUUUAUACGCCUCUCCAUCAAACUUCAGCACACAUGCCGAGACCGUCUCCUAUUUGCACCUCUCAGAGGGCAGCUGCUAAAAGCCCUCUCCCUUCUUCUCCCUCUACAUCCCUGUCCUCACCCUCUUCUGCUCCGUCUUCCCCUUCCUCACCUUGCUCAACCUCUCCCAGAAGAAUGGGAACAGGAUAUCACGAGGAUGAGGACGGCAGCCAUGCUGGGAACGGUCGGGUCGGAAAAGCAGGAGCUGACGGCGUGUCGUCGACGUCCUCGUCUCUGGCUCCGUCACUGCUCUCCGCACCUCCCUCGACUGCUUUACGUCGUCUUUCCUCAUCACCUCGUCUUUACAACGAUAGACAUAGGGAGGCCCUGGACACUGACAUCUACGACCCCUUUCAACCAACUGAGAAUGAGGGCGUUUCAGGCAUAUCGGCUGGAGACGACGGCGAUAAAUACGACCCCUUUGAACCCACCGGAUCGCCAGCGUCAGAGAAAGAGAUGGAUGGAGAGCAGGACAGAGAGGAAGAAAGUCUAAUCAACAGCAUGCGAAUACCGUGUGACAUGAAGAACACUAAAGAGGAGGAGCUGGACACUGCUCCCGAGGCAGAGUCCACCUCCAGACUCUACAGAGAGGUAGAGCGACUGUUUGAGCACACAACCACACCGGUGAACCGGAGCAAACGCACAAGAGAAAGGGACAAAGACAGAAGAGAAGAGGAUGACUCUGAGCACUCAGAAAUAGAAGAAGGAGAGAUUGUUGGUGUUGCUGAAAGCAGAAGAGAAAGGGAAAUUGAGAUAAGAAGAGAGGUGCUCCUUCCAUCCUCAGGGAGUCCUUCAUUCUUACAGGGGGGAGGUCUCAAACCUGAGAGGAUCUUGCGAGUCCUGGACGGUGAAGGGUUUGUAUCGGUUCGGGCGGAAGCAGAAUGGGACCACCAGCCAGCACCCCCUAUUGGCAUGGGGGAUUUAAGAAGGAAACUUACCAACAGACGAAAACAGAGAUUCAGAUCUUGCCCUUCUUCGGCAUCUAUAUCACCACCUCCUGUGUCCGUCCUACCCAUACCCUCUCCCUCGCCACCAGCGUCCCAGCCCCCGACCACAGAGCAGGUAAGAAGUCGUAGAUCUUCCAAAAGUUCCAAGGAUAGGGAUCGGCGGAAACUGAAAGGCCAGGAGAAAGAGAAACGAAAGAAGAGGAAAGAGGAAAAGGGGGAGGAACGAGCGAGUGGAGAGAUCAAGGCAAGGGAACAUGAAAGGAGGAGUAGAAAAGAAGGGAAAGAGAAGGACAGCGGGAGGAGCAGCAGAAGUUAUAGCCAAACCAGGAAGAGCACGCAUCGCAGUACUCCUGAGCCAGCGACACACUCCCAUAAUACCUCUCGGCAUUCACACAGUCGCAGGUCCUGGUCCAGUCCCUCGGAAAGCCGCCAAAGAGAGAGAAACCGUGACCGAGAUCGGGAAAAAGAAAGGGAUCGAUAUAGAGACGGUAGGAGAGAUGACCGGGAAAAGGAGAGAGAUAAAGAUUCCAGAGUUAGAGAAGAAAGGAAGAGAGAUCGCGAUGAAGGGAGCAGGAGGUCAAGUAGCCGAGAGAGGGGGGAUGCAAAAAGGAGAAGAGAAAGCAGCGAUAGAAGAGACAGGGAGAAGGAAAGAGGGCGGGAAAGGGAGCGGGAAAGGAGAAGAGAUGGUCGUCCUGUCGUACCACCAUCUAUCCAAGACCUGAAUGGCUCAGACCUUUUUGCAAUCAAACGCACCAUCACUGUUACCACUACACCCACCACUACCCUGACUCCUACUUCUCCUUCACAUGCCCAGGAUCGGCCCCGGAGUCCUACACAAGCCUCAGAGAAACCCCGCAAGCGCAAGAGGAAGCGAAGGAGACGUUCUGAUGAGGCGGAGGAGCAGCACAGGAGCAAAUCUCGUCCAACCUCUCCAAGUUCUUUACGUUAUCAUACUUAUGAGUCAGACCGGCUCUCGGACCACGCUGAGCCAGACAUGCUGUCUUUAGAUGGAGAGGCGCUGGACUCUGAUUACCCUUCACUUGAAGAUUCCCCUUUGCUUCCUCCUCCUCCUGAGCCUCCUUUGCCAAGUCCCAAACUCAAAUCAACCCCUCCCAAAAGUAGCAGACACCAUCAAAAGAAAAAAUCUAGAUCUAGGAGCAAAAAACUCGGCCAGUCUGAGUCAUCCAAUUCUUCUUCUUCUCACAGACCCAAAGCAAGCAAAAGUAAAAGUCUUUUGCCCUCACUGUCCUCACCUCUUUCUGCAUCCUCUGGAAACACUGCUUCCCUUUUGCUCACUGCUUCUUCAGGCGGCGCUAAAAGAGUACGCAAGCCUGGGAAAGAUAAACCAAGCAAGAAGGACUCGGCUAGGUCAGGAAGAUCCAAAAAACUUGGUGGAAGCAACAGGAAAAGUAAACUACAGUCUAAAGUUUCAGUGCUGGUCCGAGAGGGAGUAAGCAGCACCACAGGGAACUCUGGUAAAUUGGGUAUUGAUCUUCUAGGACCUGGUGGAACAACAGGAUCCUCAGUCGUGGGCGGUUCUAUUGCUGUGGUUUUCCGUCGGGACAACGAAAGCCGAUCGCCGUUCCUGAAGCCAUGCUCGGAACCGCUUUCCUUACCUGGCAGAGUCAAGGAUUUGAACAAGACUGGCAAACAGCGAAAUACCCUUUCUUCCCUAUCCUCAAAAAACCCCACAGGACUCAAGUCAAAGAAGGCCAAGCCAAGCUCAACGACCUCCACAUCGUCAUCUGCAUCCUCCCCCACAUCAUCUUUGGCGGCUAAGCGCAGAAGAAGGCCAGGAAAGAAACCACGAGAGAAGGGUCUUGCAGUUGAUGGUCCCAAUGGCAAAGGUGCUAACAGCAGCACUGUGGGACCGCUUUGGACUGGAGCUUCAGAUAUUCAGCCUCUGGGUGGAAUCAUUCCUAAACCAUCAAGUCCACCCUCCACACAUCCUGGGCCCAUGCCUUCAUCCUCCUCCUCCUCCUCAUCAUCUUCCUCAUCUACUAGUGUUCUUCCACCUUCUUCUUCGCCUCCUCACACCCCUCCGUUGUCUUUACCGCCCUCUCGAGACACUAGAGAAUCUUCUCCAGAUUCACAGACUGUAGACAGCAGCUGCAAAACCCCUGAACCUUCUUUCCUGUCAGAAGAGUGCCCUGCUCAGUCUCAAUCCACCAUGCUUGUGCCUGCAAAGUCACCCCCUAGCCCACCACCUUCAAGAGGAGAUGGAAUUUCACUGUCUGUCUCAAAGCUCCUCCCACUAGAUGACCAGAAGAUGUCACCACCCUGCUCUACUUCUUCAUCAGCAAUGGUGGCAGCUUCUCUUGCUCAUUCCGUUCCUCCGUUGGCUGCCGAACCUUCUUCAUCCUCUUCAGCUUCAGUGUCUUCAUCAACAGUCAGCAAGCUUCCGCCUCCCCCUCCUCCACCCUCGGCUGUCCCACCUCUACCCUGGAGCCUGCAGACGGGUGUAGACUGCACCGCUGGAGGUGUACUAGCUCUGACCGCUCUCCUGUUUAAGAUGGAGGAAGCCAACAUCGCCAGUCGAGCCAAAGCCCAGGAGUUCAUUCAGGCCACAAGUCAGAUUCUCUCUCAGGCAAACCAGAACCAGACCCAGUCACUUUCUACAUCUUCCUCUUCCUCACAAGUUCCUCCUCCUCCUCCAACACACGGCCCUCCCCCUGCCAACUCCACACAGUUCAUCCUCCACGGUUCGCUCCCAUUGGUUGGCUGCACUAAAACCCCACCGUCACACCUACACCCUGGACUUUCAUUGGGCGGUGGAUGUGCUCAGACUCCACCUCCCCCACUGCCCACUGGGCUGUCUGGGGCAGCAGGGGGCGCCAAUGAGACAGGCUGGGAUGGAGACAGUAAAGACCCUGAUAAGUAUUUGAAGAAGCUGCACACCCAGGAGAGAGCAGUAGAGGAAGUGAAGUUGGCCAUCAAGCCGUACUACCAGCGCAAAGACAUCAACAAAGAAGAGUAUAAGGACAUCUUGAGGAAAGCCGUGCACAAGAUCUGUCACAGCAGGACAGGUGAGAUCAACCCAGUGAAGGUGAGUAACCUGGUCAAACUAUACGUGCAGAGGUACAAGUAUUUCAGGAAGCAUGGCCGCAGAAUGGACGAUGAUGACAAGGAAGAGCGAGACUCCACGUCCCUGCACGGCUCCACGUGAUUAGCUGUCUGGUUCAGACGGACCCUGUAGUGAGAGUUUGUGAUUCUCUGCCAUGCUGGUAACGUAAAGUCCUGAGCUCCGCCUCUACACCCUGCCAGGCCACGCCCCCUUCCCUGUGUGUUUCAUCUAAAUGUGGGAUAAAAGACUUGUGUGCAUUCAGAGGAGGAGAGGAAGAUCACUUUUGUGUACUCUUUUACUUGAUGCUCUCUCUCUCUUUCUGAAUGUUAAAUAUUCAGUAGAAAUAAGAACAGACUCCUCCCCUCCGCUGAUUGCAUGUUUUUUUUUUUUUUUUUUUAACGCAUUUAUUUUCGAAUGCACCUGAUGUUCUUCAGAGCACAAAGUCACGUAUGUGGAGAAAACGGACUCUGCAGGUGACUGUGUUUCCACAGACCCUCGUCCCGGAUACUGCGGUCACGUCAGCAGGUUCUCAGACUUGUCCUUGUAGACAUACACGUGUGUUUCGGACAUGUGCUUUUCAGGAGGACCAUGUGAGGAACCCAAGUGAAAGAGAAGUGUUUCCCACCACGAGCGUCUCACCAGCCGGGCUUCAGAACAGACAGAUCGACACACCAGAACUCACGCGAGGAGUAGGACAUGCUGCAGUAUCUGAUUUAAUCAGUGAGGAAUCUUCUGUCUGAAAUAAAUCAUGUGUUCAUAAA